AUGGCGCGCCCGAACCUCACGAUGGAGAAGGCAGAGGAGCUCGCCCACUUUGGCAUCCCCGUCGAGCCAGACGUGUGGAUGUCGGGGCGAUGGCGGCUCCGUUUGUCACGGGUUCUGGUGGCGCCGGUGUCCACCGUCAGCACCCACGGCUUUGUGUGCGCCAUCGUGAUUCGGAUUGGGGAUGAACACCUCAGCAAAUCCAGAUUGAACACAAAAUUGAAGAUCAAUUUGCUAGAGACACCCAAUAAAUAA